GAAGCAUCGAACCAAAAAGAGAGGGAAACCAGAGCGCGAAUGGACGACGACGAAGAUCCAUGGUUUGCUCCCGACAAGCUCUACCACUUCCUUCUCUGCUUCACUCUCACCGUUUUCUUCGCUGCAUUGGCCACACUGACACGGCAUCCAUUCAUCCGCCGCCACUCAAUUAUGAUUGGAUCCGUUCUUUCUCUUUUCGCCGGAGCCGCCAAAGAGGUCGCCGAUGAACUCGGCUUCUUCAAGUCAGCCGGAGCGUCUACCAGGGAUGCUGUUGCUGAUCUCAUCGGCGUUUUGAUCGCUUCUUUUUUUCUUCACGCUCUCAGAUUCUUGAUCCGCAGGGGUGGCGGCAAAGAAGCUAGCCCUAAUCGAGACAUUUUAAUGGUCUAAGAGGCUUGGUUUUUCGAGCACUUCUGUACGAAAGUGAACGGUUUUAUUUCGAUUUAGGACUUAGUCCUUUGUGGCGAUUUUGAGAAACGGAGGGAUACGUUGGAGAUUACAAGAUAAUUCUUGGGAGUUUCUUUUUCAUUGUUGAAAACUGGAAAUCCUUUGUAUCAUCAUACACAAGACCGAUAUCUGAACCCAGUCUGUCGAUGCUGUUCUGUCAUGUAGAUCGGGCGAGGGAGCUGUCAUCAUCUUCGAAAGCUUCUUGCAGUGGAAGGCAAGCGUGCAUCGCCAUCUUGGUCAGGCAACUUAAUUGCAGUGUAGAUUCCAGCUCCACACAAUGUCCCUAGUAUGGGAGCUGUGAGAAGGAAAGAGAAAAGAAGAGGUACUUACAGCCCGAGUAUCGGUGGCAACGGCGGUAAUGACAAACAUGAGGUUGAAGCUAAUGAUAAACUCAAGAGCAAAAGCUUGAGAAUAUCCACAUGAAGGAACAGUCACUCCUCCACCCAUAAAGGGAUCAAAUAUCCAUUUCAAUGCAAAUGACGCACAUAGAGAAGCUACUAUUUGAGCUCCAAUGUACACCGGCACCUGCAAAAGGCAUAUCAGAAAAGCUCAAAAGAUUUUAAGCAACUUUUUUGAAGUUAAAAGAUUGAAUACCAUGGAGAUCUCAUGGCGGCUACCUGCUUCCAUGGAAAGUGCUUUAGUGCAGCGAAAGCAAUGGUGAUGCCUGGGUUCAGAUGGGCUCCGGAGAUGUGGCCGGUCGAUAAGAUGACAACCAUCACUGCCAUGCCUGUGGAGGCUGCUAGGCCAAUGAGCGUUUCAGUUCCUUGUAUCUUUUGGUUCACGAUAGCAGUGGCAGUUCCAGCAAAGAUGAGCAUCAGAGUGCCAAUGAACUCCGCUCCAACCUAUUGAUAUAGCUUAACUGGUUAAGGGUUACCUUCCUUGCAAGUGAGACUUUAGAUAAGCUUCCUUCUUCGGUGCCCCAAUCAUCAACAUUGAAGGAGAUGCAGCUCUUGAGAAGAGACCUUUUACCAUUCUCACUUCCUUGGUGAUUCCCCUUGUGUCCUCCAAACAGUGGGGCUCCGGGCGUCCCCGGCGUCACAGGCGAAGGAACUUCCUCUGUGUCCAUAACUUGAAAGCUUGAGAGAAGAAGAAAGAGUGGGAACAAAGAAAGGUAAACUUUUUUCAAUUUUGUUUUGGGGUUUGUCCCGUUGUCUUUGGAGAGUGAACUAAGCUGAAUGAUUGAUUAUUUAUAGAAGAAAAUUGGUUGACUUAAGAGAAUCCCAAGGCAAAAAGAGAGAGAACACAAGUCACUGGCUGUUAAUAAAUUGGUCCUAUCUCAUCAUUCUUAGUUUUGAUUUUUUUAUUUUCAUCUUCAAAGUUUUUUUGGAUUAGUUAAGUUAUAAUUGAGCUGAUAUCACAGAUUUGAUAUUUAAUAAUCAUUGUACAUCUCUCAAAUGCCAUUAUUCAUUGUUGCCUUCAAUAAUAUGGAUCUUCUAAGAUCACUUGGAUAUUAUUUCCUAUGAUCUGAUCUGAAAUCAGGUAUAAUGAUUCGAUGGAAUGCUAUAGUUCUAAACAAUCCUUUGGAUGAUGAUUUUUGUUCUUGAGUCUUGAAUUUUCAUGAUUAGAUUUGGUUUUUUUUUUUUUAUUAUUUGAAUGUUAGAAAUUAUUAGAAAAGACAAACUGUAACGUGGCAAACACUUGUGCACGUUGAAUGUAUGAUUUCAUUACACCUUGAUAUUCAAGGUUAUAUAGAAAGUAGACAUAAAUCAAUAUUAUUUGAGCUAACAUGUGCCUUUUUGUCUUAGAAAAUCAAAACAUGUGUGCCUUAGAAGGGUAAGAAAACAUUACAUGUGCCUCUGAGGUAUAACAAAUAAGAUGUCUCCCUCAUCCUUUCAUUCACCCCUCCUUGCCAAUGGGAGCAAAUUAAGGCUACUAGCAAUCAGCUAACUAGCUAGGGCAGCCAUGGGAAGUUUCCUCGGGCUCGGGCGACCGAAUAAAUAAAGAAAAUCGGUCGAAAUGUACACAAUGCGAACUAUUUGAUUCAUAAAAUAUUGUUUCCAACACAUGAAUGGUGGUAUAUGAUGAAGUAUCCUUGAAGGUCUUUAGCUAA